UGGCAGAAGAGGGCGAGGCUGGGAGAAGGACGAAGGCUGUCGGGGAGGGAGGCAGCCGGUCCUCCCCGUGAGCCUGCAAGAAUGCGGCAGGGGGCCGGGGGCCUGGGGAGCCACUAACUCCCUGAGCCCCUGAUCCGGUCUUGUACACCCCGCCUGCGGGGCCAAUUUCCUGCCAAGUGCAGCGGAGAAGCGGAGAGAGGGGCGCAGGGGGUGCCCAUCCCCGGACGCCAUCGUCGUCAAUGCCUCUCUGAACAGCCUUAGGAAGAGUGUGAGAGAAAGAGAGCGCGCGCCAGGGAGAGGAGAAAAGAAGAUGAGGAUUAUUUGCAGACAGAUUGUCUUGUUGUUUUCUGGAUUUUGGGGACUCGCCAUGGGAGCCUUUCCGAGCAGCGUGCAGAUAGGUGGUCUCUUCAUCCGAAACACAGAUCAGGAAUACACGGCUUUUCGAUUAGCAAUUUUUCUUCAUAACACCAGCCCCAAUGCGUCGGAAGCUCCUUUUAAUUUGGUACCUCAUGUGGACAACAUUGAGACAGCCAACAGUUUUGCUGUGACAAAUGCUUUCUGUUCCCAGUAUUCUAGAGGAGUUUUUGCCAUUUUCGGACUUUAUGAUAAGAGGUCGGUACAUACCCUGACCUCAUUCUGCAGCGCCUUACACAUCUCGCUCAUCACGCCCAGUUUCCCCACGGAAGGGGAGAGCCAGUUCGUGCUGCAGCUGAGGCCCUCCCUGCGGGGGGCGCUCCUGAGCCUGCUGGAUCACUACGAGUGGAACUGUUUCGUCUUCCUGUACGACACCGACAGGGGGUACUCAAUACUUCAAGCUAUUAUGGAAAAAGCAGGACAAAAUGGUUGGCAUGUCAGCGCUAUAUGUGUGGAAAAUUUUAAUGAUGUCAGCUAUAGGCAACUUCUAGAAGAACUUGACAGACGACAAGAGAAGAAAUUUGUAAUAGACUGUGAGAUAGAAAGGCUUCAAAACAUAUUAGAACAGAUUGUGAGUGUUGGGAAGCAUGUAAAAGGCUACCAUUACAUCAUUGCAAACUUGGGAUUCAAGGAUAUUUCUCUUGAGAGAUUUAUACACGGUGGAGCGAAUGUUACAGGAUUCCAGUUGGUCGAUUUUAACACACCUAUGGUAACCAAACUAAUGGAUCGUUGGAAGAAACUAGACCAGAGAGAGUAUCCAGGAUCUGAGACUCCUCCAAAGUACACAUCUGCUCUGACUUAUGAUGGAGUCCUUGUGAUGGCCGAAACGUUCCGCAAUCUUAGAAGACAGAAAAUUGAUAUUUCAAGGAGAGGAAAUGCUGGGGAUUGUCUGGCAAAUCCUGCGGCUCCCUGGGGCCAGGGAAUUGACAUGGAGAGGACGCUCAAACAGGUUCGCAUUCAAGGACUGACAGGGAAUGUUCAGUUUGACCACUAUGGACGCAGGGUCAAUUACACAAUGGAUGUGUUUGAGCUGAAGAGCACAGGGCCCAGAAAGGUUGGUUACUGGAAUGAUAUGGAUAAAUUGGUCUUGAUUCAAGAUGUGCCCACUCUUGGCAAUGACACGGCAGCUAUUGAGAACAGAACAGUGGUUGUAACCACAAUUAUGGAAUCCCCAUAUGUUAUGUACAAGAAAAAUCACGAAAUGUUUGAAGGAAAUGACAAGUAUGAAGGAUACUGUGUAGAUUUGGCAUCUGAAAUUGCAAAACAUAUUGGUAUCAAGUAUAAAAUUGCCAUUGUCCCUGAUGGAAAGUACGGAGCGAGGGAUGCAGACACAAAGAUCUGGAAUGGGAUGGUGGGCGAGCUUGUUUAUGGGAAAGCAGAGAUUGCUAUUGCCCCUCUGACAAUCACUUUGGUCCGAGAGGAGGUCAUUGACUUCUCUAAGCCCUUCAUGAGUUUGGGCAUAUCUAUCAUGAUCAAAAAGCCUCAGAAAUCUAAACCAGGAGUGUUUUCCUUCUUGGAUCCUCUGGCCUAUGAGAUCUGGAUGUGCAUAGUCUUUGCCUACAUUGGUGUCAGCGUGGUCUUGUUCCUAGUUAGCAGGUUUAGUCCAUAUGAGUGGCACACAGAAGAGCCAGAGGACGGAAAGGAAGGACCCAGCGACCAGCCUCCCAAUGAGUUUGGCAUCUUUAACAGCCUUUGGUUUUCCCUGGGUGCCUUUAUGCAGCAAGGAUGUGACAUUUCACCCAGAUCCCUCUCAGGUCGAAUUGUUGGAGGUGUUUGGUGGUUCUUUACACUCAUCAUUAUAUCAUCUUAUACCGCUAACCUCGCUGCUUUCCUGACGGUUGAGCGAAUGGUCUCCCCCAUAGAAAGUGCAGAAGAUUUGGCCAAACAAACAGAGAUUGCCUAUGGAACCCUGGAUUCAGGGUCAACGAAGGAGUUUUUCAGAAGAUCCAAAAUAGCAGUGUAUGAAAAGAUGUGGACCUACAUGCGAUCCGCAGAGCCGUCAGUGUUCACCAGGACCACCGCGGAGGGCGUUGCUCGGGUCCGAAAAUCCAAAGGCAAAUUCGCCUUCCUCCUGGAGUCCACUAUGAACGAGUACAUCGAGCAGCGAAAGCCGUGUGACACGAUGAAAGUGGGAGGAAAUCUGGAUUCCAAAGGCUAUGGAGUAGCUACACCCAAGGGUUCUUCAUUAAGGAGGGACUCGUACAAAGCACAGAUUCGAGAAGACGUCAGAGGCUUUGCUAAAGGACUUAACCACGAACCCGAUCUUGAGAAAUGAUGUCUCUGGUAAGCCUUUGAAACAUGAAAGUAAUGAGACCUGCACUGUUGCCCAGUGUAAAGGUGAUAUGCUUGUUUUCUUUGGUUUGAGAAAGGGAACUGCAGCGUGCUUUGGGUAUGUGUGUUGGGUGGGGGCCCAGGGGCGGCCCAGAUCCGAGAGCAGACAGUAGCCCUGGAAAGGUUGUGUUAAACCAGUACUGUUUGCGAGCAACAGUGUAGUAAUUAGUGAGGGGUUUGACGGUGUGUCCAGAAGGGACCGUUUUAAAAGGAGAGAGAACAAAGUGAGCCAGUAAAGACAGAUUGGGUGUGGACUUUGGCAGUUGGGAAGUCAUGUUCUUUGCACAUACUUUCCAUAUGAAACCGGAGAAAUGUCCAGGGAGAAAGCCAAACCAAUAAAUUAGCCAUGAUAAAAUUCUACCCCAAAAUAUUCCAGCCAUUCAGAAACUCAAACUGGCAUCAGAGCGUUUGGUCUUCAAGGGUAUGUUUUGUAGGAUGUGAUAUGAGAAAUGUGUCAUUUCAGUGAAGCCAAGGAGCAAAGCAGUCUCUGUUGUUGUAAGAGCACCUUCGUGUAACUAAUUUAAAAGAACGAGAAGGGAAGAAAGCAAUGGUGGUUGAUAUGUAGAUCAGUGUUCAGACUAUUGAUUACAUUCACUGGAUGUCGCUUCUGCUCUUAAUUAAUUCUCUGUGGGUGUAGCUGCCUUGUCCUCUGUCUUGUGUCUACUGAUAAAGUCAAGUUCCAGGGACUGCAUUUGGCCCUGAGAUACGGGUACGCCUGACUCCCAUUGAUGGCAAGACAGAGUUCCCUCUUAAAUGUGCCACUUUGUCAAAUCCACACUACGGGGAUUGUUUAGGGAGACGCUGAAGGGCUUCAUCUGUCUAGAACUGUAUAAUAAUCCGCUAUUGGCUUCCCCCUCUUUUCCUGUCCUUCCCUGGAUCUCGUUAAUGAGCCAAUUGUUAAACUCCGCUUCCUGGAUGGAGAGUUUGUUUAUGUGCUUUGUUUUAUAUAUGCCACAAUUUCCUGAGCAAGCUGGCCCCUGCAUGCUAAAACCACAGUCAUUUUGUCCCGUCUUGGAAAACGCUGGAAGAGCUCGGAGGGCUAACCAGCAUGCACCUUUAGCUCACCUCCUCACUUCCCCACCCCCAGCCCAGCUACGGGGAGGGGGCGGGGACAUUAAGCUUAAAUUCUCAUUCUUAUUCAGUGAGGCAUCUUCUGUUUGAACAGGGGCAACCUCAUAUAGAGAUGGACUAAUAGGCCCCUUCUGUAUAAAUGAUUGAGUUUGUGGGAGCAAAUUCAGAACAGUUGCAUUUACCCAGCAAGAUCCCUAGGGCACAUCCACAUCAAGAGUGUCUUUGAAACCUUUCUGCCUUACCUGGUCAGUAGACUGUGUUCCUGUAGCAUCUUUUUUUUUUUUUAACUAAAUCUUUACGUUAAUAGCUGUGGAUACAGUGAGACUAGUCUGUUUCAUCGUCUUUCUCACAAACUCUGCUGUUGUGAUUCACUGGGCAACAUGAGACUUGAAGAAUAGGAAAACAUAGUCUUUCCUGCUCUGUCAGCCGAAACACAAAAUGCAGACAAACGGCUAACAAUUGUCUGGUGGUCUAGGGAGUCUCAGGUUUCCAGAUCUUGCUGUUCGGUCACAGUACUUCAGAAUCAAUGUCCCAGAAGAGGGGUAGACUAGGCUGUGGAAUGAGGAUGGAAAGCCAGGACGUGAGUCUUUACUGUAGACUUGCAGACAAAUGCAGUCUGGAUCGUCGCGGAGACUGUAUCUGCCUGGGGUGGGAGACGCUGCAGCAGGAAUGACCCCCGUCUUUACGGGAGGGGAGUAACGCACAGAGUGCUCGUCGUCAAAGAGACUCUUUCAGACCCGUGUUUGCGUGGUUUACAGGAAGCUUUCAGUUACAGAAGGGCAGUAACUAUGCUCAGAAAUUCCUGGGUCUCUUGUGCUUUGACAUAGAUUGGUCAGGUUUCAGGCCACAGGAGGAUGUUAAGAAUGUUGAUGCCAUUGAACGUGGCAUCUGUAGAUCUCGCAAUGACAAAAAGGAGCAGCGACAGUCAGAUGAGCCUGCGUCCGCCGGAGAACGCGAGUCUUACCGGCGUAGUGAUUUAUUUUCCAAAGUCGUCUUCUAAAGAAAACUUUUGGUUCUCAUUGUGAGAUGAGAGGGUAAAAUAUCUUCUUUUAUCUUAUCUCUCAACUGUCCCCACACUUCAGUAUUUCUCUUGAAUCUUCUUUUCAUGUGCACAAUGCCAUUUAUACUAUUCUCGGCCCGCCUCCUCGUUCCUACUACGAUACCCUUGACAACCCAAAACCAUUGUGAAGUCUGUCCUCUGGCUGAGAAGUUCUUCUAACCUACGCUUUGGACGGCGCUGCAGUGAGGCAUUCUGUUCAUUUUGACUUUACUGUCAGUACUGUCAGCUUCACUGCACACAUGGGUCUGCUCUGUCAGUACCGUAGUGUCCAUUGUACAGUGAAGCUUACACUUUACUAGCAAAAUACUGUCCUUACUAUAUCAUCCAUGUUACACUCGUUGCUGUACUCUCUCCUAUGCAGCAAACAGAACGGACAAAUGUUGUUUAGAGGGAAUCAUAACUUAGUUAAUUCAGAGAUUUACUGGGUACUGAGUAGAUGUUAGGUGAAAAGACCCCUUUUGAAGAUAUUCGUGGUAUGUAGUAACUGUGACUGCUACGUAGCGAGGGAUCCCAUCUGAAGGCUGCCCUGGCCUCUAAGAAUCCGUAGACUUGACCCUAGUGUUUGAAGUGAAGUUAAACAAACAAACACACACUAGUCUCCUGUCUUCUAUUAUUCAGCAGUGAUAGUUCUUCUUCAGAUUUUGCAUUCUCCAAAAAUGUGGGCGAGACUGUUUCUAAAAUAAGACAAACGCUCUGUCACCCCCAGAAAAUGAUGUUUCGAAAGAAAGCAGUUCCUGAAGAGCUUGAUCAGUAAUUGAGAUCUGAAAAAAUGGAGACCCAGUUGGACUUGCUGCCCUCCCGUUGCAGGAGCCCAUGGCAACAGGAGCAAGACCCCUGAUGCCAGGCACGUGAGGCUCAGCUCACAACAGCCGCCUCGGAGCCCAGGCCCGCAGCGUGGCAGGGGGAGCGAGGGCGGGAAUGGAAGUCACAGGAACACAACUUUUACUGGACUUUUUCUUUCAGUAUCCCUGGCCCAAGUCUAGAUCUCUGCCAGUGUGGACAUUGUUCUCUGUUGGCCAAACUAUGUUUCUUCCACUUCGGAGCAUCCUUUCGGGCAGACGUAUUAAACUUAGUAUCCAAAUCCACGUAUGAAAAAAAUACAUUAUCCUUAAGGAACCACUUUCUCAUGUCAAACUGGUAAAAUGUGUUUACUCCUUGGUUCAAGCGUACGUACAAGGUUUAGAAACAAGGGGCUUGCCGGACGUUGUGCAUGAGAAUAAAGUUGAUGUCUGUUUUCAGUGUUAGUAACAAGUAAGCUGUUAGCACUCCGUGUGGACAUAAGAAAAGCUGGAAAGUACAGAAAGUUAAACCUGAGUACUAAUACUCCUGAGCAGCACUUGGCCUCAAGUGAAUAAGUUUUUCACUCGUUUUCAGGAAAUGCGUUGCUGUAGAUUAGUACAUAAUUUUUUCAAUUUUAAGUAUUGUGGAAGGAGAUGUUUUUGCGUAUGACUAUCCUUCGUUUUUCUUGAUGCCGUAGUAAAAGACGCUACAGGUAACUCAGAUUUUGUGAUCCCAUUACGACGGGGAAUGUAGUCUGUUGGAUUAGGGAUUAGAGCACACGCACACACACACAUCAGUCAUACACGCACACAAGCACCCAAAUUCCCCGCAGUCGUGAUAUGCUUAGUCACUCACCCAGUUUCCUACAGAGAUGCCGAUGUUUAUUGGGGGGACCAGGUAUUUUGCAGUCACAAACUGAGAUGGGCGUGGCAAUCCAUACCACACGUGUCCCGGGGGGAAAUAAUCCCCUUGAGAAUCCAUGUACCCCAUCCUUCCUUUUCUUUCUGGAUGUUGUAUCCAGUAGGAAACAUAAAACUUUCCCCUGCCAUUUGAAAUUCUACAUUUCUCAUUUAGGUCUUGCCUACACUUGAAAGAUGAUUGAAAAUACAGCUCCCAUGAAGAAGGAAAAAAAUGUGGCAUUUUCCUGCAUUUCUUUAAGAUUCACCAGGCAUUAAACAUGUUUGCCUUCCUUACCACUAGUAAAAAAAAAAAAAAAUGCUAAUAUGAUUUGCCUUCAUAUAUUUGCCAGCUCAUUCAACAGAUGGUUGCUGGGUUCCCACUGAGAAUUUGCUGGUUGGUUGUCAAGUUGUCCCUUUGAGUUUGGCUUUGUGACUGCCAUAGGUAACACCCCAUCGAGGUGUUUCUAAAUUCCAUGUUUAGCUGUGUGCUCCUACUUACCACAGCACUUAGAAACCGUAUUCUGGUAACUUGCCUCAGAAAGUGGGUACUUUGUGGCCAUUUUAGUUUCUACCACUUCAAAGAGGAUUAAAUGUAAGGAGAUAAAAAUGCUGUAAAUGAGGUUCACCAGUUCAAGCUUUCACAACCUGAUCUGAGGAGAAACCUAACACUGUCAAUUUGGACAAUUCUAAGAGAAGCCAGAAUUCCAAACUGUUUUUCUUUAGUCCCACGUAAUUGCCUUAUAAGCAAAUCCUAGGAAGAAAGAAAAUCUCCAGGGAGAAUACCUACAUCCUAUACAAUUCAGAUAGAUUCAGUGGUAACACACAGUUAACGUGAGUGCUGGACCUCUAGCCAGCCAAGUCAGGUGGCCUUAGCCUGGCCUGGAGUAUAUAGGAGACAUGGUGUCGUGUCUGAGACCAGAGUUCAUCUGCUGAGAGGGAAUAAAUGGGCUGUGGAUGGACGUAUCCUUACGUUAGCAAUGUGUAGAAUUGUUGUCGUCUUGGCGACAGGUCCCACCUAGGUCACUGGUCUUUAUAGAUCAUCUCACUCUGCGGAGUGGUUUCCAGAAGCAAUUGCAGCGCUAGUGCUCGGGUUAAAAGGAACAACAAAGCAAGUGCAUGAGGGUGUUUGGACCCCCUGUUCUGCAGUGCUGAGUGGAAGCCCAUGUGUGGGUUCUCCAGAGCCCAAGCCAAAAACACCAGGUCUGGAGAAAAGACUCCCCUGCCAGAGCACUGGCAAUGCCAAAAUCUAGAAAGAGGCUCAAGUAAGACACCUUAAUAAGGAACUCAAGUCCAGAUAGUCAAAGCAAAGAAUCCAAAAGGACUGGGGGGAAGGGGAAGGGACGGAAGGGAAAUGUGUGGCACCAGGAAUUCUAGAGCUGGGAAAACAGUGACAGCAGCAGAGUUCCUGCUUUUACAGUGACUCAAACAUGUUGGUGUGGCCCAUGCAUGGUUGGCUGCCGAUGGUUAGAGUCUCAGCCGUAGGACGAGCACUCGACAGCAGAGAAAUUGCGUGUGUGCGACGUCUCUGCUGGGCGUAAGGCAUCUUCUGCUCACAGCUGCAAAGCUCCUCUGAGGAGCUCCCAGUUAUAAAAGAAACUGUGUCCAAUGAGUGUUCUUCCCUAGAAGACCUUGGGACCAUGAGUUUUACAGAUGUGAUUGCCCUUGUCGUUUACAAACUAGGAGCAGCUGUUAAUUUAUCCUCAGAACAGCAUCAAGGUCAAGUGAUGGGGGGGUUUGGUAUUGUUUUUGCUUUUCGUGCAUUGUUUGUGUAGGAUUCUGUUCUCCAGACUUACCUUCCUAAAGGGGAGGCUACAAGGAUGGUCCGCCCAGGCUGCUGCAGAGGAAGGGGUCAUUAAAGUUCUCAGAUCACAGCUCGUACUUCUCUCAACAGUGCGGUAGGAACAAGACGAGAAGCAUUAUCGUCAUGCCUUAGCAGAUUCCUACUCCUUACUGUCCUGAGUCCCUCUUUCCUGAGAUCAUGGAGGUAGGAUGGGGAGGGAUUGCACGAGAGAGGGAAGAGGGGCUCUCUAUGCUUGGAAUGAUCAGACGUGUAAGAAUAUUUUAGACGUGCACAUGCACACACACAGGACUUGGAGGGAGCAUGGUGAUCAGAUUUACCAGGAAACUCCAGAAUACCUAUAAUAAAAUAUAGCUCACGUGAUUGUGGAGAUGUAAUAUUCUCCUACGUGUAGAAUUCUAUACAAUACUGUUUUAAUGCAGUUUUAUACUAGUGAUAAACAUCUACUUAGUGCAUCAUAGGUGAAUAAUGGUUUUCCAUAAAAAUGAAAACAGUUCAGCAUAGCAUAUGGGAAACCACCCAGCCACAACUUGAGGCAUUAUUAUCUUCCUUUUGUCUCUAAAGAUAAUAUCAGCCAAGAUUGGGCCUGGUUUAUGAUUCAUACUUAAGAAAGGGAAGAUAAAGUAGCUUGGCAGUUAUUUGGAAUGAGCUGGAAAAUAGUAAAGACCCUGGUUUAGAAUUAUAUUCUGUUUUAAUUUAGUUAGGAAUAGGAAACUGUAGUUCAUUUAUUUUAAUGUCCCCCCCCCCAAUUCAGUCCUAUAACUCUUGUUUUCAGAAUGAAGUAACAUACAUUUGUGAUAACUUUGCCUCAAACACCAUAUCUUAUACAUCCUGGCAACACCUAAAUAGAAAAUCCCCAUGUUACACUGCAGACUCCCAGUCCUGGCCCCAAGCCUUCUCGGAAACAGCCUUGUAUUUAUUAUAAGACUGUCUUGUAACUAGUAAUCAUACUAAUGGAAGUUAGAAAUACUUUGUUCAUCCACCUUAAUACCAGAAAAGUCUAUUUCACGAUUGAAAGUAGUUUAUUUUAAAUGGACAGAUUCAUACUCUCUGAAAACCUGAAAAGCCAUUGCUUGGGCUCAUCCACAGAAUGAUACACACUUCUAGAAACUUAAUGAGACCAUUUCAGUAUACUCUCUUAGUAGUAAUCACACGACUCAACAAUGAAGAAAAAUUAAAGGCAUAAAAACAAUCCUAGCAUCAAUUCUGCCUUUCAAAGUUUAUAAUUCCAAGAUGUGGGAGAAAUCUAUCAUUUUAAAUACCACUGACCAUAUGAAGUCCUAUCACAUCAAGCUGAAAUAAAGUACACUUUAUUUAGCUUACUUUUUUUUCUGGGAUACUCAAUAAAGACAGUGACACACAGAUAAUUUUUUUACAGCAAUGUUAUUCAACCUGUUUUCUGUAAGCAUUCAAUCUUUGGGAGUUAGCCAAAACAAGAAUUAAAGUGGAGUCAAUUAACCCAAUGUGACACAAACAGCUCUCUACUUUCAAAGAAAAGAGGGACGUGUGGACCCAUGUCCACUGCUCAGAAGAUGGCAUGAACGCUGUGGAGACCUACCCACAAGGCCUCUACUCUUACAGAGAAUAGUCGCUUCCUGUUUGGGGCUGACAGAUACGCAGUUUCGGAACAUCCUUUUUUAAAGGGAAACAGGCCAGAAUCCCAUUAGUAACUAAGAGAAGCUCUCCUCAGAUACCCAGCCCCUAUUCUUCUGUCUUUUCGGGUAUUUGCAACUAAAACCACACACACACACACAAAAUCACAAAAGCGCUUAUCAGUGAGUACAACUGCUCUAUGUUGCUAGUUCCUUUAGCAUGGAAAGGAAAUGUUUUUAAAAAGCCCUGAGAAAUAGAAAAGUUAGCAUGAAACUAAGUAUCCAGAGCCCUAAGUCAGUACCCUAACCUUUGGUUUCUGUUUGAGGCCAGAUGGAGGUAAAUGAAGUCAACAGGAUCCAAGAAAAGCUGACCUCAGAUUGUCUCCCAGAGUAAAAAGCAAAGAGCAAAGGCUAACAAAAAAAGAAGUUGUGCCCUAUUAAAUGAUACAGCAAUGCUAUCGUAUAAGGCAAAGAAUCAGUUAAUAUAUCAUCUAAUGUUCUUUUUAAUUUGUUCACUUUUAAGAGAUGAUGUUUAAGUUUGGCUAAGUGUUAAAACUCUA